AUGGCUGCACCAUUACUGAGAAAUCGCUCCACAUCGUCAGUAUUCAAUUUGUUCUCCAAUGCUCUUCGCCGCUUCUCUUCUGCACAGGUUGCAAACGUCAUUCCCGAUGAGGCCCGCGAGAGAAUGAUGUAUUCCGACAUAAACUCGCAGAUUGGAAGUUGUAUGCCUCUCUCUGCAAUGAGAAUCGGAACAAUCAUUCACAACAUUGAGCUGAACCCGGGACAAGGCGGGAAGCUUGUUCGGGCAGCCGGAACCAAUGCAAAGAUCUUGAAGGAGCCCACCUCGGCGUACUGUUUAGUUCAGCUUCCGUCUGGUGUGAAAAAGUUGAUUGAUUCUCGAUGCAGGGCUACUGUUGGGACGGUCUCGAAUCCGACUCACGGUGAUCGCAAGCUUAGGAAGGCUGGACAUAGUAGAUGGCUUGGUCGGAGACCAGUAGUUCGGGGUGUGGCUAUGAAUCCGGUUGAUCAUCCUCAUGGUGGAGGAGAGGGAAAGAGCAAGAGCAGUGGUGCGUGGGGGAAAGGAUCUCGUACUCCUUGGGGUAAGCCAACUAAGGGGGGUUUCAAGACUGGACCUCUUAAACGCAAAAAGUAG